AUGGCUGACGAGGAGAUCAACUAUGAGAGCGACGCGGGAUUAGAUUCUCUUUUCUUCACCCGCCCCAAGGGCCCGAAUCCACCGCCCACGCCGUAUCUCUACGUGGCAAACUGCGGUGCUGAGGCGGAGAUGACGUAUGCAGCCCUUGCUGACGUGUUCUCCUCCUUCGGCCAUGUCCGCCGCGUCGUCCCGGCCGGCGCCGCCAAUCUCACCCGCAUUUUUGUCGUUUUCGGCGGGCGCUCGCGCGCGGAGGCCUCCGCCGCGGCGGAAUCUGCGCUGCAGGCGCUGAGCGGAAAGCCCUGCGCGGAAGCGGGCGGAAGAAAGAUGCACAUCCAGUUCGCCGUGGGGAAGCGAUCCGCACCGACGAGAGACAUCGAGAAAGACAAGUGGAUCGGCCCGCUGCCUGCAGCAGUGUCGGACUUUGUUUCGCGGGCAGAACAGCUGCCCGAGCUCACGGGCUGCCCGGAAGUUUGCAUGCCGCUGGAUCAACUGACGAUCAACGAGUAUGCGACUGGAGUGGGCCUGGCACCGCACAUCGACACGCAUGCUGCAUUCGAGGGAGCAGUUCUCUCCCUCUCCCUGGCUGGCCCUGCGAUUAUGGAGUUUAGGAGACCUAUGGGGCCUCAACCUGUGGGGAAACAGCCGCUGGGGAAAAAGAAGGUUGUUGCACAAGCAACAGCAGGAGGAGAGGCAGAGGAAGGAGCCACGCUAAGGGGAGAGACAGGGGGGUCGGAUGAGAGGAGAGCGGAGGAGGAGAAUCGAGAAGAGGAGAAUAGAGCAGAGGAGAAGAGAGGGGAUGAGAAGAGGACAGAGGAGAAGAGAGCAGAGGAGAAGAGAGGUGAUGGGAAGAGGGCAGAGGACAGGAGAGUUCUCUUUCUACCACCUCGCUCCCUCCUCGUCCUAACAGGCGAGGCCCGAUACGCGUGGUCCCACUACAUUCCCAACCACAAGAUUGACCACAUCAACGGCCAGGAUUUCCCACGCGCCCCGCGCAGGGUUUCUUACACCUUCCGGAGGGUUCGGUUCGGCCCAUGCGGGUGUGCUUACCCUGAGUUCUGUGAUGCUCCGAGAAUGGAAAGUGUUGCCGAAAAUGGAAAAGUGCCGACUGAUAGGGACAGGGCAGCGGGAAGUGAGGGAGUGUUGGUGGAGAGAACAGGAGCGGGGAGGUUGCUGGUGAAGGAGAAGGGAAGUGAAGGGAUGAGGAGGAGAGUGGAAGAUGGGUGUUGUGGGGGGAGUGUCGGGACGCACUCACACGAGGGAGUGGAGGAGUGUGCGGAGGAGGGGGAGGAGGAAAAGAAAGAGGAGCAGAGAGUGGCAGGUGGGAGCGAUGGGGAAACUGUGGUGACGCACUCACACCAAGGAGUGCGGGAGUGUGGUGGUGAGGAGGAGGAGGAGGAGAGGGCAGAGGAAGAGGAGGGGAAAGGGAUUACCGCUUCCCCUCAUGUUGAUCCGUCCAAAACCCUGGAGUCACCUCAAACCACUCCAGCAGUGGAGCGAGACUUAGUGCACAAGGUAUACGAUGCCAUAGCGCCGCAUUUCAAUCCCUCUGACGCUGCUGCCUCUCCUCAGACCACCCCAGCAGUAGAGCGAGACUUUGUGCACAAGGUGUAUGAUGCCAUAGCGCCGCAUUUCAGUGCCACACGCUUUGCCCGCUGGCCCAAGGUCGCCGAGUUCCUGCUCUCCCUGCCCCGGGGCUCCCUUGUUCUCGAUGCCGGCCCACCUCUCGUCUCCAUCUGCAGCCAACGGGGCUUUGAGGCCUUUGUAGCCGACACCCUCUCUCUCCCCCUCGCUUCUUCCCGCUUCGACGCGGCGAUUUCCGUGGCCGUUUUGCACCACUUGUCGUCUGAGACCCGGCGGAAACAUGCGCUAAGAGAGAUGCUUAGGGUGGUGAAGAAGGGGGGUAGGGUGCUGGUGACUGUGUGGGCGAGGGAACAGGAGAAUCCGGGGUUGCUUGACAAGUGGACGCCGCUGAUUGGUCGGAUGGCGGAUAGGUGGGUGGGGGAUGUUGGGGAAGGAGGAGGAGAGGAGAGAGGGAGGGAGAGAGGGGGGGAGAGGGAAGAGAGGACGGGAGGAGGGCUGGGAGGGAUUGAGGAGGACAGAGAGACCAGUAACGAGGAGAAUGCGUGCCCAAGGAGGGGUUUAGAAGGAAAAGAGAUUUUAAGAGAAGAGGCCGCAACAGCGGGGGAGGGGACAAGUGCGCAAAGUGCAGAAGCAGGCAAGGGAGCAGAGAACCUAAACUUAGCAGAGCUAAGGGGAGGAGGGUCAGGAGAAGUAAAGGCAGGGGGGGGAUCAGAGCUAGGUAAAUCGACAGGAGUGGAAGCUUCCCAGGAGUUUCUGGUCCCGUGGCACCUGCCAUGUCAUCGAGUGGAGAUAGGUUCGGCAGCGGCAGCACAGCACGUAGCCUCGGGGUUUGCUCGGCGGGAUGAAGCUAAGGGGUCGGUGGUGUACAACCGAUAUUACUAUGUGUUCACUCGAGGAGAGCUGGAGAGGUAA